GAGACACGUGGAUUUGUGCACGCAAAGAUAUUUAAAGUCUACUAGUGCAGCAUGGCGCAACAAGUGGAGUUGAUUGCUGGUUGUUACGAACAGAUUGUGUUUGGAUAUAGAGUACAGACAGGAGAAAACAAAUGGACAUCAGAAGCCGACUUUACCCAUCAUGCACACACUGCCUCAUUAUCUGCAGUGGCUGUAAAUGACAGGUAUCUAGCUACAGGCAGCAAAGAUGAAACUAUUCAGCUGUAUGAUAUAAAAAAGAGAGUGGAAUACGGCUCCCUGUUGCAUCAUAAUGGUACAAUAUCUUGUCUGGAGUUCUAUGGAAGAACACAUUUACUGAGUGGGGGAGAGGACGGUCUCAUCUGUGUUUGGAACACAAAGAAGUGGGAGUGUCUAAAGUCUAUUAGAGCACACAAAGGUCACGUGACAUCACUUUCAGUGCAUCCAUCUGGUAAAAUUGCUUUGUCAGUGGGGACAGAUAAAACACUUAGAACAUGGAAUCUAAUAGAUGGAAGGUCAGCGUUUAUCAAAAACAUAAAACAAAAUGCUCAUAUAGUGAUGUGGUCCCCUGCUGGAGAGAGAUAUGUUGUGGUUGUGAAUGAAAAAAUGGAUAUCUACAACCUUGAGACCGCAUCAGUCACUGGAACAAUCCUAAACCAAAAGAGGAUAUCCUCCAUUAGAUUUAUAACUAAUACUAUUGUUGCGGUAGCAGGCGAUGAAGAAACCGUGAGGCUAUAUGACACCGACUCACUGAAGUGCCUUUGUGAGUUUAAAGCACAUGAGAACAGAGUAAAAGCAAUAUAUAAUGUCACAGUGGGAGACUCCCUUGUCCUUGUAACUGCAUCGAGUGAUGGACAUAUUAAAAUGUGGAAGCUUGUUCUUGAAAAGAUUCAGGACACUCCAGCUCUACUUGGUGAAGUGAAUACUUCUGCCAGACUGACAUGUUUGGGUGUGUGGCAGGCUAGCCCAGUGGAAAGUCUACAGCAAGUGGAAGCAGAAGCUGCUUGUUCCCAAGCUGAGGAAGAUGCUAAUAAACUGGUCAGGACCAAAAAGAUGGAAUUUCUCGGAGGCAUUACAUCGACCAAGAAGAGAAAAGCAGAAGAAACAAAAAAGAAAAAGCAGCAGAAAUCUGAAUAAGACUUUCACAUAAACUACACCCCCUUCCAAAAUUUCCACUUUUUGUUGCCUUAUAGCCUGGAAUUAAAGUAUGUGUUUUUCAUUUAUCUACACAUCCUACCUCUCAACUUCCA